UAUGUUAUUCGGUGCAUUAGGUCCCUGAGGACGUCAAAUGAUAUUUUAGCAAAAUUACCUGUUAUAGGGAUAGGACUGCGAAUCGAUGAGUAGAAUGAUUUAGCAACACAAUCUGGUUGUUUGGCUGAAUCAAAACACCGAAAAACAAUAUUUUCAAUUGUCUUUAAGUAACCAAGAUCUUCUAGGAUUUUGCCUUUAGCUCAAUACCAGAUUUUAAUCUUCUUAUUUUCAAAACAAAAUUUAGUUUAUCGGUUGCCAUCAUGGAGUGAACAAUAGUACUAAUUUUGUGUUUUGCCAUGCUUCUCAAAGUUAUUUUAUUCAUUUUUUCAUUGGCCACCAAUUUCCAGUCGAUUUAUGGCUGGAAACUUCAGGGUCGGAUCGUUGGUGGCUUAGAGUCCAGACCGACGGAGUGGCCUUUCAUGAUUUCUUUAUUCGAAAUGUAUUAUAAUGAAGAAAAUGAAAUUGAAAUGGAAAAAUUCAAAUGUGGAGCCUCCCUCAUUGGUCAGUUUUGGGCCAUAACAGCUGCCCAUUGUGUCUAUCGCAAGGAUGCAGCGAAUUUUAGACUUAGAAUUGGGGAAACAAGAGACUUUCCUCAUGGUAAGAAAGUAAUUCACAUUCAUGAAUUUAUUUGUCAUCCAUUGUAUCGACAUGGUAUGUUUACAAAUGACAUUGCCUUGAUACGCUUCAUGACACCGGUGACUUUUGACACCGAAAUUUAUCCCAUUUCGUUGCCCCUGUCAAAAGAGGAUGAUUACGCCGGUAAACUUGCAACCGUCAUUGGAUGGGGAUCCUUAGGUGAGAGGCCAAAUCAACGACCCAAAUAUUUAAAUCAUGUGGAGUUGCCAGUGAUGAGCAACUUCAAGUGCCAACAGAUUUUGAAGUUAACAAGCGUAUUUCAAAGAACAAAAUUCCAUCAUUCGUGGUUGUGUGCUGGUUACCUACCAGGUGGUAAAGAUGCAUGUGAUGGUGACUCUGGUGGACCUCUAGCUGUCCAGGAAAAUGGCCAGUGGACUCUGAUUGGUAUUGUUUCUGCUGGAUUUGGUUGUGCUCGACCCUUUCAACCUGGUAUUUACGCUCGGGUCACCAAGUUUCUCGAUUGGAUUGCGUGUGUGACAGCAAACUAUGAUGUCUUGGAUGAUUAUUAUCAUUGCCUUACUUCAUCCAAAAACUAGAAAAUAGUUUUGCUAUUC